AUGACAGUCGAUAUGGAAGCAGCAGUGGUUAAUAAUGAUGCUAAGACUUUAGAUCAGAAUAUUAUGAGUUUAAAUUUAAAUGGUGCUGGAUCAGACGCUGAUGCCUUUGAAGGUACCGAAAAGUUGUUAGAGAUUUGGUUUUAUCCUACAAAGAAUUCCAUCCCAAAUAAUAAAAGUUUGUUAUCUGCAGGUCUAGAAACAUGGGUUGAGUUGUUGAAAUUAGUCAAAUGUGAAGUACUAAGUAUGAAGAGAACAGAUAAAAUGGUUGCAUUAUUAUUAAGUGAAUCUUCGAUGUUUAUAUAUGACCAUCGUAUUACUUUGAAGACAUGUGGUACUACAACUACUUUAUUUUGUUUACCAAAAUUAUUUGAAAUUGUUUCAAAUGAAUUCCAAUGGAAUUUUAAGCAGAUCACUUCAGAUGGCAAAGAAAUCUAUAAUCCUUAUAAAGUAUUUUAUUCAAGACGUUCAUUUUUAUUUCCUGAUAGACAAAUUUCUAUUCAUAAAAAAUGGUCUGCUGAAAUUGCAUAUUUAAACCAAUUUUUUUUAAAUGGUAGAAGUUAUUUGGUUGGUCAAAACGAUUCUUUACAAAAUCAUUGGAAUUUAUAUAUUACUGAAACAAACCACUCAUUGGGUUUAAAGAAUAUUGCUUCAGUUGAACAUGAAGAUGAAACAAUUGAAAUCUUAAUGACAGGUUUAGGUGUAGAACAGGCAAAUAAAUUCCAUCGUAAAGAAUAUCCGGAUGAUCAAAAUCUAGAUGGACAUAUUUUUGGUGCUAAAAUGACAAAAGCAACUAGAAUUGAUAAAAUCUAUGAAAAUCGUGAAGCAAUUUUGGAAAAUAGUGAAAAUGUAAUGAUAGAAGACGCUUUCACAUUCGAGCCAUGUGGUUACUCCAGCAAUAUCGUCAUUGAUAAUGAAUUUUAUUAUACACUACAUGUGACUCCAGAAAAUGGCUGGUCAUAUGCAUCUUUUGAAAGUAAUGUUCCUUAUGAUAACAAUGACGAAGUUGCAACUAAUGUAUUACAAGUAUUCGAUCCGCAUGAAUUUUGUAUUACAUUCUUCUAUAAGACUAAUGAAAGAGAAAUUAGUUUCUUUGACUUAAAAAAAUUCAACGGUUAUAAAAGAAAAGAUAAAAUCAUCUAUGAUUUCGACGAUUAUCAAUUAAUCUACUUGUGCUAUACAAAAACAAACUAA